CAAUAAGAUUAACAAUAAAAAGGGAGACGUAUAGGUAAUUGAUGAAUUAGGUCACCUCUCUCACGCCUCAUAACAGCUACAGCUAAAUAUCCAAACCAAGUAUUGCUAACUAGUCAAAACCGCACAAUAAAUACCCACACUCAGUCCCCACGACCAUAAACUACCCUUUGUAUUCUUUUCCAUACAUACAUUGCAUCCAAUCAAAAAUAUUUCAUUUUCUCUCUCACUAAAUUCAUCAUAAAUACUUAUAUUCACACACACAAACACUUGCCCGCUGUCUUCUUUCUUUGCCACAUUAAAACAACAACAACCACCUUUCCUCUCUUACUCUAUCUCUACUCCGUAACUUCACGGUUCUCUAACUGCAUGCUCCUCACGAACGUGCAAACGUCGUUAAAUUAAGUAAACUCACCCAUUUUAAUUUGAACUUGAAUUAACGAUGUCAGCUCGCAUUGUUGCGGUGAAUAUCACCGAGCCUUAUGAUUACGACUAUAUGGAAAUGAAUGAUUUCACGCGCCGCCGUGACGCCGUCGAGAUGCCGACUCUUGGACAGCUUCUCAAAAACGUUGGAGAUGUACGUAAGGAAGUAAUCGGCGAUGGAAGUGAGACGCCGGGGCAUCACUCUCUGGAUGUCUCCGGUAUGGAGACUCGCUCACUUCCAUUCGUUCUCUCCUUCAACAACCUCACUUACAGUGUCAAGGUUCGUCAGAAAAUGACCUUCGCCGAUAUCUGUACCCGCCGCCGUCGGUCUCCGGUGGAUGAGCCACCGGCGGUUGGGGAGACAGUGUUUGCCCGGACUAAGAUUCUCCUGAACGACAUCUCCGGCGAAGCUCGCGACGGUGAGAUCAUGGCGUUUCUCGGAGCAAGUGGCUCAGGGAAAUCAACUCUGAUCGAUGCGCUGGCAAACCGAAUCGCGAAGGGAAAAUUGAAAGGAAAAGUGACACUGAACGGCGAGUCUGUGGAAUCUCGUCUUAUGAAGGUGAUUUCUGCUUACGUCAUGCAAGACGAUCUCCUCUUCCCAAUGCUCACCGUGGAAGAGACUCUCACCUUUGCCGCGGAAUUCCGAUUACCGCGAUCGCUCUCAAAAUCAAAGAAAAAAGCGCGCGUUCAAGCCUUAAUCGAUCAACUAGGACUCCGCAACGCCGCAAAAACAGUCAUCGGGGACGAAGGUCACCGCGGAGUCUCCGGCGGUGAACGUCGUCGAGUCUCAAUCGGAAUCGACAUAAUCCACGAUCCAAUCGUACUUUUCCUCGACGAGCCAACUUCAGGACUCGAUUCAACAAGCGCGUUCCUGGUUGUAAAAGUUCUUCAAAGAGUCGCACAAAGCGGAAGCAUCGUAAUCAUGUCAAUUCAUCAACCUAGUUACAGAAUCUUAGGUCUAUUAGACCGAAUGAUUUUCUUAUCGCGUGGCCAAACAGUGUAUAGCGGUUCACCGUCACAGCUACCGUUAUACUUCGCUGAAUUCGGUCACUCUAUACCAGAAGGUGAUAACCGAACGGAGUUCGCGUUAGACGUAAUUCGCGAACUAGAAGGUUCACCAGGCGGAACAAAAAGCUUGGUUGAGUUCAACAAAUCAUGGCAGAGCAUGACAAAACUUCACCCUGAAGAUUCAUCACAAAACGCAACUUCUUCGUUGUCGUUGAAAGAAGCAAUUAGCGCUAGCAUUUCUAAAGGGAAAUUAGUUUCAGGCGCUAAUGCUGCAGCUACAACAACUAAUAACUCCAACGGAAACGCCACGUCAUCAACGACGACGUCGUCUAUGGUGCCCACGUAUGCAAACUCGUUUUGGAUUGAGUUAGCAACGCUUUCGAAGCGUUCGCUAACUAAUUCAAAAAGAAUGCCAGAAUUAUUUGGGAUAAGAUUGGGUGCGGUUUUUGUAACAGGAUUCAUUCUUGCAACCGUGUUUUGGCACCUUGAUGACACUCCCAAAGGAGUUCAAGAAAGGCUUGGGUUUUUCGCUUUUGCUAUGUCAACUACUUUUUACACCACCGCUGAUGCACUACCAGUUUUCAUUCAGGAACGUUUUAUAUUCAUGAGGGAAACAUCACACAACGCUUAUAGGAUAUCGUCAUAUUUGGUUUCCCACGCUAUUGUUGCUUUGCCUGCGUUAGUGGUCCUUUCGUUUGUUUUCGCCGCCAUGACGUUUUGGGCCGUUGGGCUUGAUGGUGGAUUCAAGGGCUUUAUGUUUUACUUUUUUAUUAUGUUUGCUUCGUUUUGGGCUGGGAACUCGUUCGUUUCGUUUCUUUCCGGUGUGGUACCUCAUGUGAUGUUGGGUUACACUAUUGUUGUUGCGAUUCUUGCUUAUUUCUUGCUAUUUAGUGGGUUCUUUAUUAAUAGGAAUAGGAUCCCUAAGUAUUGGAUUUGGUUCAAUUACAUGUCAUUGAUUAAGUACCCUUAUGAAGCUGUUUUGCAAAAUGAAUUUAGUGACCCAAUGAAGUGCUUUGUGAGGGGGGUGCAGAUUUUUGAUAGCACACCACUUAGUUCCAUACCUAAUGCACUUAAGUUGAAGUUGUUGGGAGAUAUGAGUAACACGCUGGGAGUGAAAAUCACAGGCUCAACUUGUUUGACAACUGGUGUUGAUGUGUUGAUUCAAACUGGGGUGACAGAUUUGAGCAAGUGGAACUGUCUGUGGGUAACUUUGGCUUGGGGUUUCUUCUUCAGGAUUUUAUUCUACUUUUCUUUGUUGGUAGGUAGCAAGAACAAGAGGACUUGAACAUCAUCAUCUUCCUACUUAGUUAGCCUAAGAAAGAUUCAGAAAAAACUCAGUUUCAAUUGUGUAUCUAUUUGCUACUACUACUACUAUUAUUAUUAUUAUUAUUAUUAUUA